AUCUUUCAAGUGUGGCUGAAGUAUAUCUAGUCUUUCAUUGUAGAGUGAGACUGCUUUAUGGAAAGAGUCACCAUGACCACUCCACUACUGAUGUUUGUACUUCUGGCUCUACCCUGCUACAGCGCAACUGGGCAAAUCAAUCGUUUUGGACUUCCAGUCUCUGCCCAUAGCAGGGAUUUCUAUGUCAGGUCUCCCGGAGAUAACUUCUGCGGCAAGGUGAAAUUUGUCAUUUCAGGGUUCACCUGCUGUGAAAGACAAUUGCAUAUGGGGGCUGAGCAGUCCUGCUGUGGAAACAGGUCCUUCUACCUCACCCAGGCUUCCUGUUGUGGUGGUCAGCUGACUCUGAAUGUGAGCCAGCUGGUGUCAGAUUGCUGUGGUUCUAGGGCCUAUGAUCCACUCAACCAGCUGUGCUGUGACUCUCAGAUCCUAAUCAGGACCCAACCCCAUUCCAAGUGUUGUGGAAAAGAGCUUUACAAUGAAGACAACCAGCUUUGCUGUGGAGAUGUCGUUAAAAGAAAGGUCCUGACCAAAAUGUCUGGUCACCACCGGUGCUGUGGAGACCACCAGUUUGACCAGCGAAGCCACUGCUGCUGCCACAUCACUGAACCAUCAUAUCAACUAAACCCUAAACCUCUCAAUGCAAGCUGCUGUGCUCCUGCCAUCCAGGAAGUGCUACAUACUAUUCCCCCAGCGCAAACUGGUCAGCACAUGGGAAUUGAUCAGAGUUCUCCAAAAUGUAUGCCUGGGGAGAAGCCUUGUGGUCAAUGUGCCUGCUUUAACCCAACAACAGAACGUUGCUGUGUGAACCCUACAUCUCUCCAGGGACAAAGUUACUCACAUGACCAGACCUGCUGUGAGGGAACACUCUGCCACACCCCAGAUAAGACAGCACAAGGUCACUACCAUGGUGCUAGCUUUGGCUCUCAGGUUUACAAUCCAGACAUCAACAUCUGCUGUUCCGGGAAGCUGUCCAAUAGGGUGCCUGGAAAGAACCUGUGCUGCGGUACAACUCCGUAUGGUGUAGAGGACCGAGGGGUGCUGUGCUGUAACCAGACCUUGCACCGUGUGGUGGAGGAUGGGUACCAGUGCUCCCCAGGUGGCUACUUGUAUCUGCCAUCCCGUGACAUGGUGUGUGGUUCACACGUUCAUCUCAACGAUCCAGGCAAACACUGCUGUGGAGAGGACACAUACGACCCUCAGUAUGAAAUCUGCUGCAACGGACACAAACACAACAGGUUGAGAAAUGUUUCCUGCUGCGGAGGGAAGGCCUAUUACCACAGCAGUGACCAGAUGAAGUGCUGUGCAGAGACUCUGUACAACCUGCAGGUUCAGGACAGACUCUCAGAGGAGGCCCAGUGCUGUGGGAGUGUCCUGAUGGAGGCUGGCUCCACGCAGACCUGCUGCUCUGCCCCAGGGCUAGACCUGGUCUACCCUACCCAGCCAGGGUUCACCUGCUGUGGGCACCGCUACCCCAACUCCUCCCUGUGGUCAUGCUGCGCGGGGGUCCUGUACUCAAGGCCUGAAACACAAACCACCAGCAAGAACAUGAUUCCAGGACCCAGGCUUCUACCACUGGGCGAUCUGAAGACUGAAGUCCUGUGUUACACCGAAGUUCUGCUGGGGACAGUGGAGAGUGUGUCCAUGAAGACGAAUGAGCGGUCCAUCGUGAUGGUGAACGCCAUGUACAUGCUGGCCUCGCGUGGCCAUGUCAACCCCCUGCCUUCCCCUCACUACGUCACAUUACCCGACCACUGCAGCUCCCCUGUAGUGGAGCCGGGCAACACUUACAUCUUGAUGAAAAUACCUUUCUCAGACACCAUAAGAUUCAUCUCUGAUCUCAGCGAUCAUUCCUCCCCUGUCCAUUCCAUCCUUUCCAGGUGCUGAACCUUUUUCUUGCCCAGAGUAAAGCCCUACAUAACGUUUGAAAGCUUUACAGUGUUUGUUUACAGUUACAUUGUUAACAAUCAAUGGCGUAAUAAAAAGCUUAUCUUGGGUUCUGAUGGGGUUCGACAGUUGAACUAAGAUCAUAAGGCACAAGUUAUAUUCUUCCAGAGUCAAUUGGUAUAUAUCGUUCAUUUAAAAGUCAAAAAAUUGCUGUUGCUAUCACAGAUUGCCUCUUUAAGCUAUCAGUAGACAUUUAAACCAUGUUUGUGAAGUGAUUGUAUCACAUUGUGCAAGGACAGGAUAAAAAGCCUAUUUUAACCAAGCAUUUGUGUGUAGGUGUAUGACUUCACCAUUCAUCAAUUCAUGUGGUUGUGUGGGGGUUUGUGGUUUUGUGGUUGCCUUUAUCCCAUCCACAUAUAUGUACCACAUUAUCUGACACUUGAUCACAGGAUCACAUUUUUGUUUUAUUAUUUCACUGCCAAUCUGUGUUUGAUCUUGUCUAGCCAUCUUGUAUCAAGAGGACCACAAAAGUCCUAGACUUUAUUGUGUGUUAUCCUCCAUGAUUAUAUUCAUGUGCAUCUAUGACUUUUAAGUUUUAUGUGUGCUUGUUUUUUUAAAUGGUCGAAUUAAUAAACUAAACUAAAUAAAGGGCACCUAGGGCACUGAGUCUUUGGCUGCGUUUAUGAGCAAAGUGAAAUUAUGAAUAAAAUAUUGUAAAACUGAUAUAUACUGAACAGAAAUAUAAACACAACAUGUAAAGUGUUGGUCCCAUGCCUUAUGAGCUGAAAUAAAAAAUCCCAGAAAUGUU